UUCUUCUAUAAUGACCAAUUGUCCCCAAGAAGGAAUUACUGAACUUAUCAAAACAACUAACAUCAACAACAAUUCACUACCUCCCCAAGAAUUUCCAAUUACCUCAAUGCCCGAAUAUUUAUAUCACCAAUCAUUCCACCAAUUUAUACCCCAAUGUUCUCAAUUAACAUCCACAAAUCCCCAAAAUCUCUCAAAUCCACCAAACUACCAAAAUUAUCAGCAAAACCUACAAGAACCUCAACUAGGACAGAAUCAACCAAUUCAUUCAAAUUCAGGGAUUUUACCUUCAUUUAAUCAAGAAAUACCCAAUUCUAGUCAACUAACCCUUCCAAUCUCGUCAACCAAUUUUUUUAAUUCUCAAAAUCCACCCAAAUCUUCUAGUAAAAAUUUAAAUGAGAGUUGUCUAGCUAGUCAAAGAUUAUCUACAAAUAGUCAACAACAACAUCAACAAUCUUCCAUAAAUCCAUCUCAUAAUCUGCAAAUCUCCCAACAACAAAGUUCUCAACAAUUUAACAAUUCAACGGGUAAUAACCAACAAAUAUCUAAUACUUUUUCAACAAAUUUCCCUUUUUGGUUGGAUUAUCAAAACCCCAACAACCAAAUAUCUGAUAACUCUACUAAUAUAUCUACAGAUUAUUACCCCCCUCCAUUUACUUCAAUAGCUGCAGCUUUUGAUUACAACAACAAUGCCGGAAUGAUGGGAAUGUUACCUUCAAUGUAUCCACAAAAUUUCCAAAUUCUAGACGAACAACAAUCUUCCCAAUAUUUCUCUGUAGGGGGUCUUUAUGAUUCUCUGGCUGCCGCAGCAGCUAUCGCAGCAGGACAAAUAGGAGAUCCUUCCCAAAUUACUAAUUUUUGUUGGCCAACAUUUGAUUAUUAUGGAGGAGGACAAAAUUCAUCAGCAAUUAAUUGGACACAUUGGGGAUACCCAACAAUAGAUAGCAACGUUGGAGAAUUAAUUCAACAACAAAAUCAUUCUGCUGUUGAAUCUGGGGGAUCUUUAUCUAUUUUUGAUUCUAUUGCUCCAAUAAUUGAAGGAAGUACAGAAAUUAAAAGUCAAAUAAAUUCUAAUAAUAAUCAAAAAGAAUGGCAGAAAACAGCGGCACUUUUAGCAGCUACUACCUCUACUACAUCAACUAAUAAUAAUCGUCAAUUAAACUCAAAAUUUGUGACUAAAAGGGGGAGGGGAAGAGGCCCUGCAACUUCUUUAACCUCAACCGCAACUAAUGGUAACGGCCCUCAACAUCAAAGAAUGGAAAGUAGCCAAUCAAGGCAUUGCAAUAAUUCCUCUGCCAUAAAUGCCAAUGAAUGUGGCGGAGGUUUAGAGAAUGUAAAUGAACAGCAAAAGCUCCAAACAAUUUCUCCUAUACUUUUAAACUUCCCACCUAUACAACAAUUGACUAGCGCAGCUAUGCGCGAUUAUCUGGCCAAUCCUGGACGUUAUGAAUGUGCAAUGUGGAUCUUCCAUGCAAAAGUUGCUCAAAAAAGUUAUGGAAAUGAAAAAAGAUUUUUUUGUCCUCCCCCGUGUGUCUAUUUACUUGGAGAAGGUUGGCGGAAUAGGAGAAAGGCUCUCGAUCAAAUUUUUAAACGAAUAAAAGAACAAAAUGAAAAGAAUAGUUCCGAUUUCCUUCCAAAUGGAGAUUCUUGCCAUGAAAUGUUUAGCGAAAUAAUUUCAACUAUCGGAAUUAAUCAACCACAAAAUGCAACAGAAAGGCUAUCUUGCCAUCAUAUUGCCCAUCCUCUGGACUUUACAAACGGAAAAGAUUAUUGCGCAGCAAAAGCUUUAUUUAUAAGUGAUACUGAUAAAAGAAAAUAUUUUUAUUUACAUACAACAUUCUCGCAUGCUUGUGGAGGUAUUGAUAUUGGCACAUUUUCUUCCCAAAGAAUAAAGGUUAUUUCAAAACCAUCAAAGAAGAAACAGUCAAUGAAAAGUUCAGACUGUAAAUAUUUAUGUGUUAGUAAUGGAAGCAAAAUUGCACUUUUUAAUCGUCUUCGUUCACAAACAGUUUCUACAAGAUAUUUGCAUGUAGAAAAUGGUUGUUUUCAUGCAAGUUCGACAAAAUGGGGGGCUUUUCAUAUUAAUUCUGAUAAUCCCCAACCUUUUACAACUAACAACUCAAAUAAUAAUCAAGCCUCAACAAUUAUAACUUAUGGAUCUGUUAUUCAAUUAAUUGAUGCUCAAUCAAAUAUUGCUUUACCUAAACUUAGAAUAAGAAAAGUUGACAAACAAAUGGUUUUGUUAGACCCUUCUAGUCAAGGUGAACCUGUCAGUCAAUUACAUAAAUGUGCAUUCCAAAUGGUUGAUACAAGUGGAGGAGGUGCUGUUGUUGCCGGACAAGAAUCUCUUUAUUUGUGUUUAUCACACGAUAAAAUAAUUCAGCAUCAAGCUGUCCGAAUAGACACUAAUAGACAUCAAAUAAGUGAUGGGGCUGCUUGGACGAUAAUAUCCACAGACAAGAGUGAAUAUAGAUGGGCUGAGCCAUUAGCCAAUAUUGGAUCUUUUGCCCGUCUGCCAAUUACCCCAAUGCCACAACUACAUAAUUUAAAUAUUUCCAGUUUAAAUACAGAUAAUGGAAUUAAAUCGGAAAUUCCAACAAAUAUUGAAUUAAAUGGGUCCAACUUUUCCCCUUCAAUACGGGUAUGGAUUGGAGCUACCCCUACAGAAACAAUUUUUUGUUCUUCUGAACGUUUAAAUUGUUCAAUUCCUUUUUUAAAUUUAAUUUGUUCUGAUUUGGGAUUUAACACUGAAACUGCCAUUUUGGCUAAUUCAAAUAGUGGAAGUGAAAAAUUGGAUGUUCCCAUUUUACUUGUUAGAGAAGAAGAUUCUGUUGUUUUUCCGACUUCUUUAAGCUUUACUUAUAGCUUGACUGGGUGA